AUGUCGUCUGGCAUACCUGAUCGCGUUCAUCCCCAUUCUCCAAUCCACCUCUUUCCCCCCUCCGCCUCCCAAUCCCAACAUGAGAUAAAAUAAAUUCUACAUAGCAAUGACAAACACACCCCAUAGCUCCUUGAGACCGACAAAACCCUUGCGUUCCUCGACAUCAAUCCUCUCUCCAGUGGACCCGCGGCAACCUCUCCUCUUCUGCCCUCCCCCACCUCCUCCCACAGGCAAGUAAGCGAAUAGCUAACCCACAUCCAGCUCAUAAUCCCCAAACCCUACCUCGAAAAGCUCCACCAUGUGCCUGGCGCAGAACUCAGCGAGCGCCUCCCCACCGCAAACAAGCUCUCGAUAACAGUCCUUACAGUAGAGCACAACAUUUUACAAAAUCGGCGUGGGGCUCAUCAGCUUAUUGAUCAUGUUUAUAUUCAUAUGGUAGGUCCCCCCAUUAGGUCAUGCUCAGUGGAAGCAUUUGAAGGGCUAAUCAUUUGGUGGUGUUGCGUAGAUUCCGAAGCCGAAUACAAAGCAGGGGCUGGGGAUUGAGCGGCCGGCGCAGGCUACUGAUAUGGAUUGGUUGAAGGUACUGUUUGAAGGAUUGAAGACGAGGAUUUAGAGGGGGCGAGGGAAUAGGGUUGAAGCAUUGCUUUUUUAAAUGUGUGGGAUACGAUCGCGCCAUUCAAUUGGUUUCUGUGAUAGUAGCAGAAAGUACCUGGCCUAAUAUAAAAGAAAACGGUGAAGACAGCUCUAAGCCCUCAAUUUCUUUCUCUCCCCGGACCCCCUCCUCCUUUUAGGCGUCUAGCUAAAUUGGGCCUCGCGGGCUGCCCUAUCCCACCUCGGUCCAUCCACCUCUCGAAAACCAUUCUCACUCGCUCAUUGGCUCCCUAUCACGCAAUCGUUUGCAACAAAAGAAGAGUAAAGUGAGCAACCGAACCCAACUGAAAGAACGGUAACCGGAAAAAGGAAAGGGGCGAGGGUAGUGAAAACUGCAUGGUGGUAAGAUGUGCAUAGGGUGCGGCGUGAUUAGGAGGCAUAGAAUUCAUGUAUAGCUCAGGAUGGUAUAGAUAUAGGACGUUGAACAGCAGGGAGAGGUAAGAGAGCGGUGAUGAUGAUGGUGAUAAAAAGUAAGAUUCUAUGCAUACACUAACAUGAACGAAAAGAGAAUGAGUACUGUUUCUUGAUCGAUAAAGUGAGAUGAGCAAAUCAGUGGAAAGGAGGAAGCUUCCAUCCAUGUUCUCGCAAACUCAUCUCGAGUCGGAGAAGCAUGUGUGGUUCUUCUCCUGUGUCCGCCCUGUUUGGCAAUUUUUUCCCAGGUUAGUCUCGUCCUGUCAUAUGCAAGGAAUCAAUUUCAACCUGCUAAUCUCGUCUUUCUAGAUAAUUUCUUAAUGAUCUGCUACCCGUUCCUGAACUUCCAUCCGUCCGAGGGCAUAUUUUCCUCAAGAUCUAUUAGAGGAGAAGGGCCCAGAACAUCGUGCAUGUACCUAAUCAUUUCUUAGCCUCUCCUUUCUAAAUAAUCUUAGCCCUCGUUGGAGUGAACACCCCCGGUACCCCAUAACUACCCCAGCACCGGCACCACUGCCCCUCUUUCCAAUCCCUCCCAGACCGGGGCUCCUCGUGCUCAUCCGUGCAUUCCUUGUUCUCCUCCACUCCACCAUCCCCCUCGCGGCGCGAACCUGCGCUUCCAGUAGCACAGACUCACCACCGCUCACUCGCCCAGCGCCCUUCAACGCCUCUCUUAAACCUACCUAUCCCCCCCGCAGCGCAAUAUACUCCAUCCUGAUCCUCACGACAUACCUGCGUGCCUUCUCUUCAUAUGUGCCCACCAACGCGAGUAACUCCUUGCUCGCGCGCGGUAGUCCAGCCCACGAACCCGCGUCCAUGGCAAGUCUGACCUCGCUCGAUCGCGCUAAAUUCCCGGACUAUGGAGGUGUAAUUUGGGGCGUGCUGGCGGGAGAGCGUCUUCAAGGUAUGUAGGAUUGUGCUGGCCUCAUGGGUGAGAGCUGAGAAAGUGUUGAUGUGGCGCAUGAGUAUUUCGGGCGGGAGAGGAUGAGAGGUGUUAGGUCAGGGAGGACGGAAGGUGGAGGUAGGGGUUGUUUUUUUGGGAGAUAUUUAUAGAACAGGGGAGGUGGUGGGAGGUGGUGGUUGCGGUGCUGGAGGGUUCAAAAGUUGGCGGAGU